AUGAGACAGCUCCGUCCAGCGCUCCAAUGUGGGUCUCUUUUACACCCUUCCUUGGAAGACGAAAAGAAAAAACAUAAGAAGAAACGGCUGGUUCAGAGCCCAAAUUCUUACUUCAUAGAUGUGAAAUGUCCAGGCUGCUACAAGAUUGCUACAGUUCUCAGCCAUGCUCAGACAGUGGUUCUUCGUGUAGGUUGUUCGACAGUGUUGUGCCAGCCCAGAGGAGGAAAAGCCAGGCUCACAGAAGGCUGUUCAUUUAGAAGAAAGCAACACUAAUCAUCUAUACAAGUUCCUGAGUUUGCAUUUUUCACAGAAAGCCUCAUCAAGUUUAGUGACUCUACCAAGACAAAGUGACUGUGUUUGAUUUUAUAAAGUAUACAACAGUGAUCUCCUAUUUUGGUGUCAGCUUUUCAAUAAAGUUUUA